AUGACGACCAUUGAAGAAAUAGACAAAAAAAUCAAGAAAAUUGAAACUGACAUCGAAGAAACCAAAAGGGAGCUUGGAAUAACUAAGGGUCAAAACCUUCUUACCUCACUAUACUCGAACCUCGCAGAGUUACGAAAGGAAAAAAACGCUCUGCUAGGGCAGACAGGUAUAGAACAUUCUGCAACUGUGAUUCCCCAGCCAGAGCUAACUGUUGCAGGGGCCUUUAGAGUACCAUACCAGGAUCCAUUAAACACAGUCGAACGGUUUCAGAAUUAUAUUGAUAAGAAACAUGCAUAUUGGCUUGGCAAUAAGAUAACUCGUGUACCUUAUGGAACAGUUUUUCAGAGUUCUGGCUAUGGGAAAACUCGCCUUAUUGAACAGCUUGCAAUGAAAAUUCCUAUGUUAUAUGUGUGCUUAUGCCCUGAGGAAAGCACAGGAUACCCACCUGCUACACCUAUUGCACCAAAAAUCUUUGAUCUUCUGAAUGACAUCCCAAAUGGAAAGAAUGGCACUACAGACCUUUGGGAACAACAACUGAAUAACAAAUGGUGCCAUAAGUUCUGGUCAGAGGUCUCAACAGCUAGUGAAAAGUGGCUUACAAUUGAAGUGAAUGAUGCAAGCCUCUCCAAGGAGAAAUUUCCAUUCUAUGAUGCAGACAAUCCCAAUAACCAAGUCAAGAUUAUCUUAUGCAUUGAUGAAGCUCGAUACCUCACUCGUUAUGUACCAGGCAAAAACAGAACUCCAUUCCAAAUGUUUAGAAGAGCUAUGAAACAUAUUGUGUGGAAUGGUUUCUUCAUCCUAUUUUUGGAUACACACAGCAAAAUUUCCAACUUUGCACUAUUAUCAGAGGAUCCAUCUUCAAGAGAUGAUGAGGCACAAUUACAUUUGUUUCAUCCUUUUGUUAGACUUGCAACAAUGGAUAUCUUUGAAAGAAUGACAGGAGGUCCAGCAGGAACAUCUGAAGAGGACCAGAUUGUUCAGUUGGCAAAGCUAGGGAGACCAUUAAUAUACAGCUAUCUUAAAGCUAAAGGAGAAAGUUCUUCAACUCAAACAGCCCUCAAAGGGCUUGUCACACUAUUGCAGAAUAAACUCUUUGGUGGAGCAAGAUCUUUUGAUAAUAGCCACAGAAAGGAACUGUCCAGUAUUGCCAUUUUAUCAGUACUUGUUUGCCUGGACAUUUCACCACAAUCAAAGAUCACUUCUGAGCUUGUGGGAUCCUAUAUGGCAACAUGUGUUGCAAUAUCAGAAGACAGGGAGCACUUGUUAGUUCGUUAUCCCUCAGAACCUUUAUUAGCAGAAGCAGCACACACCAUUAUUUCUAAGGAGAAGACAUUGGUUAGCAUUUUGCAAAACUUUAAUGAGAUGCUGAGAAAGGGUUUCAUCGAUGCAGGCAUUCAUGGAGAGGUGGUAGCACGAAUUAUUCUAAUUCUUGCAGUGAGGUCUAUACAGGAAAACAAAGAUUGGAAAUCAUCCGCCAUCACAGUCAAACGAUUAAUGGAACUGCUGGAUCCAGCAGCUAUUAAUGAGCUACAAUCGUUUGUGGAUGCAACUGUGGCUUUUACGCACUUUAUUCCCAUAGUAUACGUUCCUGAAAAACGUUCUUUAAAAGAAUAUUAUCGACGACGAUGUGCUGUGAUUCUCAAGCGAAAUAACCCCGGUGCGGACAUUAUGAUCCCUGUAAAAUUAACAGAAGACAGAUAUUCCUAUAUUCUCAUUCAAGUGAAGAACUAUGCAUCGAACAAUCGGAGUGCAGACCAGAGCUAUCCGGAAUCUGGCACCUCCAAACUAAAGUCGUGGUUUGUUUUUCAAAAAUCAGAUCUCAAAAAUCAUGAAGAGGAAUACAUCACUUUGUAUUGGCAACUCGGCUUUCAAGGACAACUCAGAGAGGUUCCACCAAUUCGCAAGUCCGAACGUCAAAAAUUUGAAGAACAACAACAACACCCUUUUGCACAUUUCGGAUUAGACUUCUUUACAUUUCUUGGUCCCACUGUCAAAAAAGAGUUGGCCGAUCUUUUGGACGCCUUUAUCUCACCCUUUGAUGAAUUGUGGAAGUUCCACGAUGAAGAAACAGGUGAUUAUUGGUCUGAGCAACAGAUCGAGUCUCAAGAUCCUCUUGUUUACAAAGUCUGA